AUGUCACUCCUCGCCUUUCCCCCAGACAAGCGCCCCAUCGCCAUUGCUGAGGUCGUCAUCUUCUCGCUCAUCCAAAUCAUCCAAUGUACCACUCGGUUCAUGCAGGAGUGGAAAUACUGGCAUCAUACCAAACAGAAAUCUGUGCCUCGCUGUAUUUUCUACUCGUGGUAUGGCUUGAUUGGAUUAGUGGCACAACUUCGAAUUGCCGGGUCCGGAAUGGUGCUCUCAGGCUCUAAGGACAAGAAAGUGAUUAUGACAGAAGCUAUCCUACAAGGCAUUGGCCUUUCCCCAUUGUUGUUUGAAGUCAGCCUCGUUAUGCUGAGAAGUGGUCAAACAGGUAGAACCGGCCCUGGAAACUCAAGAUAUCCCAAAACCAUCCGCUUCUUACUUCAUUUCUUCCGCUUCCCCGUGUUCUUCGGCAUAGUCCUGAUCGUGGUGGGAGAGAGUGCCGCCGUCUAUGCAUGCAAAGUGGUUGGAUCUGUGCUGCUCGUUCUCAUCUUCGCGUUCGGGUGCGGUCUGUUUGGCUGGCUGGCUGUGGCUUAUCGCUCUGUUCUUCCCAGAGCUGGUCACCGCUGCAUUCUGUUGGUCCUAGCGGCGCUUCCUUUCUUUGUUGUUAGGAUCGCUUAUAUGUUGCUGGCGCAGUAUGGACCGCAAAGGUUCGACCCUGCUCAUGGUGAUGGGGGCAUUAUGGUUGGGAUGGGACUAUUGAUGGAGAUUAUGAUUAUGAUUAUUUUGUUAUCGGCGCGUGCAAUGGCAGAACCGAUUCGGGGAGCAGUUCACAGUGAUGUUGAAGAGGCUCGCGCAUAG